AUGCAACCAUCUGCCGGCACCGUGCUCCCCGCGUUUGGCGCAAAGCUACUGAUCGGUACUGGGAGAUAUAUCUUUGCGGGUCGCUGGGAGCCGAUCCUUACCAUUUCCUCUGUCUUAAAAAUCAUUUUCUACGAGAUAUUUCUCCCCGAGCCCUUCGCCAAGUACGUUAAACCAAUUAACCUUGGUGGAGAACCGACUAAUUCACAUUAUCCACAGAUCGCCGUUAUGCGUUUCUCUCUCGUCGCCGUCUUGUUGGCUGCCGCCGCCACCGCAAUUCCCAUGCCUAAAGACAACCUUGACAUUGGUGCGCUGCUUGACGGCAGGCGUAAUGAGAUCUCGGACUUGAUGCACGGUGUCGCUGAUUUUCUCAAAAAUGUCAAGCGUGAUGAGACAUCGGAUCUUGAGAGCGAGGCCGAUGCCGCUUUCCGCGAGAUGGAGACUGCACUCGAGCCCUUGAACCUAUAA